AGCCCCACCCGCAGAGCGGGAUCAGUCAGUAGUCGCAGCCCAGUUCCGGACUUACACCCCUCCGGUCUUCACUGGAGAGGAGGGCCCGUUGGCCGUAGGAGACUGGAUCCGCAAGAUGGAUCGUAUUUUCCGGAUGAUGGGCAUAUCCGACCAGCACAUGGUCACUUGUGCCGAGUUUCAGAUAGAGGGUGCGGUCGGAGACUGGUGGGACGACUACUGGCGUCUCAGGACAGCUGAUGAGCGAGACGAGCUGACUUGGGAUCAGCUUAAGGGGAUUUCGGAGGCCAAGUACUACCCUCGCCACUUUCGCGAGAGGAUGGAGCGAGAGUUCUAUGACUUGCUUCAGGGAGACCACUCGGUUGAGGAGUACGAGCGGGAGUUCGCUCGUAAGAGCGCCUUUGCACGCCAUCUUGUGGACACCGACGACAAGAAGGCCUCCCGUUUCCGCAAUGGCCUGACCAGAGACCUUCGAGUGCUCGUAGCCAGCCAUGGCUAUUUGACAUAUGCUGAGACCGUUGAGCGGGCUCAGAAGAUUGAGGCAUCCCAACUGCUAUACACUCCUGCAGAGCCACUAGCUCAAGUGGCACCACUAGCCAGACAGCCAGCUGCCGUCCAGCCAGCCCUGCCAGCGCCACCUCAGCAGGCGCAGCACCGAAACAAGAGGAAGUGGAGAGGUCGCGACGAUAGGAGGAACCGUCGACCAGGAGCCCCAGCUCAGGCAGCACCACCGGUCCCGCAGCCCCCAGCUAUUUGCGCUACUUGUCAGCGCGCCCACCGGGGAGAGUGCCUAGCUGGGCCGGACAUUUGCUAUCGUUGCCGCAGGCCCGGUCAUAGGAUCGCAGACUGCCCAGAUCGCCCACAGCCUCAGCAGGGCCAGAGACCGCCAGCUUAUAGACAGCCAGCACCGAGACAGCCAGCUCAGCACCCACCUAGAGGUGCACCUGCCCGCAUUUACGCACUUGACCAGGAGCAGGCCGCCGAGCAGCCAGGUACCAUGUCUGGCAUGCUCUCUUUACUCGAUGUACCUGUCUUCGCUUUGUUCGAUACCGGGGCGACACCUUCGUUCGUCUCGGCCAAGUGUCUAGAGGCCAUAGGGGUCCAGGGUGUGAGUGACGUCGACCCCCUCGAGAUCAGCCUAGCUUCGGGGAGGAAGAUAGUCACGAGUUCCCUGGCCAAGAACCUUAGCAUGUGUAUUGGAGGCAGAACUCUAGAGGUAGAUGCAUUCGUGAUCGAGAUGAGGGACUUUGACCUUAUUCUCGGCAUUGAUUGGUUGGAGAGAUAUCACGCAGACAUCCGAUGCCGUGACAGAGAGGUGACGUUGCACUUAGCCGAUGGAGACCACAUCACAUUCUUCGGGACGAGGACGAGGACUUUACCGC